AUGUCAUCAAUCAGAAUUUUAAUCAAAACCAGGCAAGAAGAAGUCUGUAAGACGAGGAAACCUAAUGGGGUAGUGUUCGAAGCCAACGAAAUAUCCAUUCAGUACAAAAGGAAGAAACUGAAAAAGAAAGAAUGCUCAGGAGGUUUCAUAUGCGAGAUUUAUACUGUUGGGGCUCCACCACUUGAUGACUUAAUACUCACAUACCAGGCAAAACAACAGUUGCUAUACUCGAUGGAGUACCUGGAGAAUGUGGUGGAUGCAGCACGAGGCCUCCUUCAAAGACUGUCAGACGUCCUGAAGAAUAAUCCAGCAACUUCCCGGAAAAAGCAGAGACGCCAGGCCCAAAGUAGCAGUGUUUCUGAAAGAUCACUGGAGAGGUUGAUUGAAUUACUUGCCCUUUCAGUCUCUGCCAUCAGAAAUCCGGACGCUGGCUUGAUCAAUAGCACCAUCGCUGAAAUGCUGAUUUAUCUAGGUGAUGUCGACAUUUUGCUAGCACGGGUCAGUGCCAACCCUUCAAACUUCAAUUUAAGUUCAGUGAGCAAAAGUGUGGACGAUGGAUUUAAGAUUUAA